GGAAGUAGUUUUAUCAGUAUCCUCCUGCAAAAGGGAGGGCGAAGGGAGAAUCAGAGGGUACCGCACAGAUAUGUUUGUCCGAACGCGACAGUCACAGAGAUCCCCACCGAGGGGUUAGUGAAGGUUUCGUCUGGGGCCACAGAUUGCAUUCGGCUCUGGCGUGAUUGGACGGUCGUCGUGGUUGUGGUGGACGUCUUGGUGUGUUGUUAGUACCGUUCGCACAUUUCACGUUCCACGUUCUACUAACGGAUGAUGUGGUCAGGAGAUUUGCCUUGUUCCCAUGUUUUGAAUGUCUCUCAUUCCAUCCCGCGUUCGUCAUAAAGACGCGAACGAUUUUGCGGUGGCCCCCGGGCGGCCUAACAAAGAAAACGGUCGCGAACUUAGACCGGCAAAGAAGCGCCCUCAGUAACGGACGCUCGAGAAGUGUGUUCUUUGCCCGGUCCACGGAACUGGUGGUUCAGUUUCAGUUUCCUUCCUCACCUGCUCCUCCUUCUCUUCCUGUAAGUGGCUUCCGUUGCUUGGCUGAUGCUCCAUUUUCGGCCCGAAACAGGAAAAGACAACCCACCAACCAUAGACUCCGGAUCGUAACGUGAUCAUAUCGUGCUCUAGUAGUGGCUGUGGCUUUGUUUGCUCCGGUUAGACUCUCCGCUUAGACGCUCGUACCCUCGUAGUACGAUGAACAGGGUGAUCCUGCUGGGCCGUAUGCGUAGACUCAUUGGCGAGUACUUUAAGUUGAUUCCGUUCUAGUGGCACCGUGGAAAGGACACGAGGUCGAACCUUGUCUUCCGUGUCUGUGUGCGUGUGCGUGUGUGCGCGCGUUUGGUUUCAAGUGCCCGUUCGUGUCCGUAUCGUCCGUGAGCGUCGUCCGGAACAAUCUCCACCAUAAAGGCCCUCGUCAUUAACCGGGGCCCCACACUGGCUGUGAUAUCUAUUGCCACCCCGUCGUCUCGUGAAAGACACUCGCAGUGCUGUACGUGAACGGUCGUCGUCGUCGUCGUCGUCAUUCCGUCCCGGGUUGGUAAUCCCUGAAGCUGAAGGGUGUGCUUCGUGUGCUGUGACUUAGAUAGUAGUUUAGUUAACUUUAAAUCUCGACUGAAAAGCUGAACGUCUGAAUACCUUUAUACUAUCAUCAUCAUGACUGGAAAAGACUCCGAUGUGCUGGUGGACCGGGGCACCAUGCCCAAGAUUGUGGCCACCAGCGAGAACGAGAAACGGCCGCCGAUGGCGACGCCAUCCCUAGCGGUCACGCUGGCAACGGUCGAGAGCCAACCGGCGACACACCAGAGUAAGGCGGCCGAACGGGGCAAAGCGAUGCGGCAGGUGAUCGCGGCGUUCAUCGCCAACAUCGGUACGAUCAACACCGGUCUGAUCUUUGGCUUCUCGGCCGUGGUGAUCCCGCAGCUGCAAGCACCCGAUUCCCUGAUCCCGGUCGACGAAAGCCAAUCGUCGUGGGUCGCGUCCUUAUCGGCGAUUGGAACCCCGAUCGGUUGCCUGCUGAGUGGGUACGUGAUGGACACGUUCGGGCGCAAGAAAGCCCUGAUAGUGACGCAAAUCCCCACCAUCAUCGGCUGGAUUACGAUCGCGUGUGCCUCGAGUGUCGGCUGGAUUUACGCUGGCCGUGUCCUGACGGGCUUCGGUUCUGGGAUGGUCGGUGCCCCGGCCCGGGUCUACACUUCGGAGGUAACGCAGCCCCACCUACGCGGUAUGCUGUGUGCGCUAGCCUCAACCGGCAUUAGCUUGGGCGUACUGAUCCAGUACACGCUCGGGGCAGUUACCACCUGGAAGAUACUGUCCGGAAUUUCGAUCAUCGUCCCGGUGCUCGCCCUGAUACUGAUGCUGCUCAUGCCGGAAACACCGAACUAUCUCGUCUCGAAGCAGAAACCGGAAAAGGCACUCAAGAGUUUGGCAAAGUUGCGCGGAUCGAACUAUAAUCUUCAGCGCGAGGUCAACCAACUGCAAGCGUUCGCGGCCAAGACGAACAGUGGCAACAAGAAGAAGCUAACGUUCCGGGAGACGGUGCAGGCGCUGGUGCAUCCCUCAUGUCUGAAGCCGUUCGCCAUCCUGACGAUCUACUUCAUGAUGUACCAAUUUUCGGGCGUCAACACGAUCACGUUCUACGCGGUGGAGAUCUUCCGUGAUUCCGGUACCACCAUGGAUAAGUACACCUGUACGAUCCUGCUCGGAGUAGUGCGCCUCAUAUUCACCAUCCUCGGUGCCAUAUUGCUACGUCGCUGUGGACGGCGUCCGCUGACCUUCGUGUCGGGAAUCGGUUGUGGGUUGACCAUGGUGGGCCUGGGUGUGUAUCUGUACUUCAAACGCCAGUGGGAAAUGGCUACUCCACCGAUUGAACCGACGGCCACCUGGUUCCCGGUUGCCUGUAUAUUUAUCUUCAUCAUGGCGUGCACGGUCGGGUUUCUGAUUGUACCCUGGGUCAUGAUCGGCGAGCUGUAUCCGAUGAAGGUACGUGGGCUGAUCGGAGGGCUGACCACCUGUAUGGCGCACAGUUUCGUCUUUGCCGUUGUCAAGACCUACCCUCUACUAACGCACGUGCUCGAACGCCACGGUACCUUCAUCCUUUACGGCUGUUUCUCCUUUGUCGGUACUAUUUUCUUCUAUCUCUGUCUACCUGAAACCAAGGGCAAGACACUACAGGAGAUCGAAGAUUACUUCUCCGGGCGCACUAAGACGUUGAAGAAGAGUAAAGCGAACGGUGGCAACCGGGCCGGUGUUGAAUCGGACGGACAGCAGUUGCUCGAAGCAAAGCCACAGCUUCUAACCGUCGAAAAGAACAAGCUACUUCCCUAACGCCGUACGACGACGUUGCGCACGAUUAGUUCCUUUUCCGUUUCGUUUUAUUCUGAUGGUUUCACGCGUUUUUAACCAUUCUUACAAAUCUGUUUUCCAUUUUAUGUUGUGGCCAUUCUGAACGAAUGCUAAUAAGUAUUAAAACGAUGUAUUGGCAGUGGUUGGAUUAGCGUAUUUACGAUGAUUAGCGAUGAGGUUUCUCCACUCCGAUCCCGUAUCAUUUCUCGCACUCCUAACCGCGUCCACGGGCGCUCAAGGAUAUGCUAGGCGUAAGAACUGAUCAUCUUCGCAAAGACACACAUGGAACAACAACCUACUCACCGCGUUAGGAGAUUUCGUUGCUGGCAUCAUUUUCGUUCCAUUUUUUUUUAUAAAAUGCUUAAUACUCGCUCGCUCGGGUAGUGUUUGUACGUGCCAGCCAAGUACUUAAGUUAAGGGAUAGCUUUAAAGAAGAAUCGAUCACGCAGAAGAGCAUCGUUUGGAAACCAUUCUCGUACAAGCUUCGAGCAUACCCAAUAUAUUGUGAUGAAGCCCCCUCGGUGCCUUAUUGUCCGCGAUAGGUAUAUAGCCAUAGAAUGUCUCAAUCUCAUUCACACUGCACCAUAUUUACCAACGGGCCACGCACUCCUAGCGGCCCGCAAAGUGAAAGACGAUAGAUAGUUGUUAGUUGAGGCGCGUAGAUGACUCCAUUAUUUUAAGGAAUAAAUCUAAAUUAAGUCCUGAAAAC